UCUUCAGCUAUCACAGGAUUUCCAUUGAAACAUCAUGGACAAUACUACUGAAGACUUUAUUGGUGGCAACAAACUGCUCUGACAAUCAUGGUUACUGUGCCCAUUUCUGCCGUGAAAUUCCGGAGAGAAAUAGACGGGAAUGCUCUUGUGCAAGUGGCUACAAACUAAGUGAGGACGGACUCUUCUGCAAUGCAACAGAUGAAUAUGCUUGUGGGCAGCUCAAAGGAAUUGAAAGGUCACGGGACCCUCAAUCCAGAAAUGGUGGGGUAAUGAAGAAAGGAGGGAUUGAAGAGAUAUCAAACCCUCGAAUCACAAAAGGGAGAUUAAUGCCGAAAGGAGGCAGCCCAUGGCAGGUCCUUCUAAUGAAUGUGAAGGGGAUAUUCAUCUGCGGAGGAGUACUGAUUCAUCGGUUUUGGGUGCUGACUGCUGCUCAUUGUGUAUUUGAAGGAGGACGAUUUAAAGUCAAACUUGGUGAGCAUAACCGAACAGUCAAUGAAAACACUGAGGACACUAUUCCAAUAAGCACUGUGUACAUCCACCCUAACUUCAGUUAUGCAAAGAUGGACAGUGACAUUGCUCUCCUCCAACUAGCUGAAGCUGCCAUCUUCAGUAAUUACAUUAUACCAGUGUGCCUGCCCACUAAAAAGAUGGCAGAGAUAAAGCUACUUGUUCCAGGUAAAGAAGUGUUGGUUUCAGGAUGGGGCGCUAUGGAUGAAAGUGAUCAUAACAUCCGCCCUAGUACUCUAUUAUUCAUCAAUAUCAAAUUGACCUCCCACAAGACGUGUAAGAAGUCCUUAGGCAACAAACUCACAAGCAACAUGAUUUGUGCAGGAACCCCAAGUUCUGGAAGAGAUGCCUGCAAAGGAGACAGUGGUGGACCUAUGGUCACUUUAUUGAAUGGCACGUGGUUUCUACUGGGGCUGGUCAGCUGGGGAGAAGGCUGUGGUCGCUACCAAACAUUUGGUGUUUACACAAAAGUGGCCAAUUACAUAGACUGGAUAUAUUCACUGACUAAUAACUAACUUUGUCCAAAUCAACUUUAUACUAAGCUAAUUGAUCUGAAGCAGAAAUUGACCAUUCUGAUGACAUUCCAAUGUGCCUUAAAUUGCAUUAAAUUAGAUUGGAGAUCUAUUUCAAGCUUAGUUAGGCGUGAGAUGCUAUAUAUAUUGCACUAAUUUGGUGACAACGUACCAUUUGACUUAUACUCAAAUACAGCUUGUGCAUAAUGUCUUAUGGUAAUUGAUUACAAUGAUCUGUAACUCAGUC